UUUUGUGGUGCUUCAUUUCUGCUGAGGUCAUGAUGGAGGGAGUCACAGUACGAGUCGGCCUUCUUGGACUGCUGCUGGCCUGCGUUACCACAGCAAUGACCAAUAAGAACAGGGACUGGGACAUCUACAGCUUUCACGUCAACUCCACAGUGACCAGUCGCUAUGCGACCACUAUUAUCACCAGUCGCGUGGCCAAUCGGAUCAACCAGUUACAGGAAAUAGAAUUCCAUGUCAAAAUUCCCAAGACGGCCUUCAUCAGUAAAUUCAAAAUGACCAUUGAGGGGCAGACGUACGAUGGGGUUGUGAAACAGAAGGAGGAGGCUCAGCAGCAGUACACUCAGGCAGUGUCUCGUGGCCAAAGCGCUGGCAUAGUCAGUUCUGUGGGGAGGACCCUUGAGGAGUUUAAGACGUCUGUGACUGUGGCCGCGCUCAGUAAGGUGACCUUUGAACUGACCUAUGAGGAGCUGCUGAAACGCCGACUGGGCAAGUACGAAUUACUGAUCCACGCUCGACCCAUGCAGCCUGUCGCUGACUUCAAGAUUGACGUGUACAUCAAUGAGCGACCAGGCAUUAACUUCCUGGAGAUAAAAGGAGGGCUGAGCACCAAAGAGCUGGCUAAUGCCAUCACCAAAACACACGCUUCUAGUGAGGCCUGGGUACAUUUCUACCCAAGCAAGGAGCAGCAGAGUCAGUGUGACAGCUGUGGAGAACAGGGUCUGAACGGAGACCUGGUCAUUGUCUAUGACGUCCACAGGAAGACAUCCAUGGGAGAGCUCAAGGAGUCAAAGGGGUAUUUUGUCCAUCACUUUGCUCCCAGUGACCUACCACGCAUACCAAAGAAUGUAGUGUUCAUCAUCGAUCAGAGUGGCUCCAUGCAUGGCAGGAAAAUGGAGCAGACCCGUGAGGCCUUGUUGAAGAUCCUGGUAGACCUGGUGGAGGACGACCACUUUGGCCUGAUCACCUUCGACUACACUGUGUCUACCUGGAAGAAGGAGCUGCUGCCGGCCAACCAGGAAAACCUGGAGGCUGCCAAGAGCUUUGCACGACACAUUCGCGACAGAGGAGCCACCGACAUCAAUGCUGCUGUGUUGGAGGCACGCCUUGCUAACGAAACCACGAGAGGCUCAGCCUCCCUCCUUAUACUACUCACUGAUGGAGACCCAACCACAGGUGAGACCAACCUGGAAAAGAUCCACAAGAAUGUAAAGGAAGCCAUUGGUAAGAAAUUCCCGCUCUACUGUCUCGGUUUUGGAAUGGAUGUCAACUUUGAGUUCCUGGAAAAGAUGGCACUGGAGAACAGCGGUGUGGGACGCAGAAUAUAUGAGGAUUCUGAUGCUGCUCUGCAGCUGCAGGGCUUUUAUGAAGAGGUGGCCACACCCCUAUUGACGGACGUGCAGAUGGUGUAUGUGGGUGGGGCUAACCUGACCCAGACCAACUUCAGCCAGUACUACAACGGCUCCGAGAUCGUGGUGUCUGGCCAGAUCACCGACAACAACAUAGAGACAUUCACUGCAGAGGUCAUAGCCAUAUCGAAAAGCAAUAGGGUGAUGUACUCUGAGACAAUACCAACGGACGAGCCCAUUGAAGCCAGGCCUGAUAGCCACAUCCAAAGGCUGUGGGCCUACCUCACUGUGAAGCAGCUACUGGACAAAGAGGUGCAGUCAAGCGGGAAGGCGAAGGAGAAGGUGAAGAAAGAGGCCCUGGACCUUUGUCUGAAGUACGGCUUUGUGACUCCUUUCACCUCAAUGGUGGUCACCAAGCCCCAGGGAGAGGACUCACAGGUGGCCCACAAGCCCAAGGAGGGAGAGAAGCCCUCAGGAACCAGGCAAGGCUUCUCUGGGUGGAGUUUCCAGUUCAUGAGUGGCCAAGCCGGAUACCCCGGACAAGCUCAGGCAAUGGGAGGAAGAAGAGGAGGAGGUGGAGUAGGAGGAGGUGGAUCAGGAGGAGGAGGAGGAGGUGGAGUAGGAGGAGCAGGGGGGGGAGCAGGAGGAGGGGGACGAGGAAGAGGCUUGCUGCUUUCUGCUGCGGAGGAUUCAUAUUCUGCCUAUAUAAUGGAGAAACAUCAACCAUCUCACUCAACUAAAACUACAACAACUAAAACUACAACUAGAGCUACACCUACAACUGUGAGUCCUCCCCUGAGGUUCCUGUUGCCAGCUGAGGGUCAGGCCCUGCCACUGUGCUAUGACAUCCCUGUGGCUCUCUCGCUCAGACUCCUAAAGGACCCCAACAAUGAGUUGUCUAUGAACGGUCAGCUUGGACAAUCAGCCAGCGCAGGCUACCAGAAGAUUGUGAUCCACUACAAAAACAAUCAACAUAUUGAGUUAGACACCAUUGUCAUCACCUUCAACAAUGGACAGGAUGCAACAUAUUUCUCCUGGAGCCUGAACAUCAAUCACAAAACAGACAGUGUGUCUCUGAUCCUACGGGACAAGGAGGUGGACAUCACCAUAGGGUCAACACAGAUCAUCAUCAUGCUCUAUGAGAGGAAUGGAAUUAAGUUCCUGUGGCCCACGCUGAGGCAGCGCUCAACGGGAGGCAAUAUUAUGGGGAUCGUGGGUGAGUGAAACAUUAUCAGUUAGGACU